UCGAAUCACAGUAGGGACACGCAAGGAGGUUGCAACUUCUUAAAUUAUUGCAUAGUUUUGCAGGAAAACUAUUGCUUCAAAUGAAUUUAAAUGCUCUGCUGCUUUUGAAGCAUGUGAUACUGUGUUGUGUUUGUAUUUGCGGUGAUAAACUCACGGAGUAUGUGCAGUACCCGGCGCUUUUACGGGCUUGCAUCGAUAACGCCACGCAUGCCUUCAUCGGAUGUAUUGCUGCAGAAAUCAUUCUUCAUAGCUUUAAAUAUCAACUGGCUCGUCACGAAUACUAUUUGCUGCUUUUUAUAGGUAUGAUAGUCUCGUCGUUUAUAGAUCUGGACCAUUUUAUCGAGGCAAGAUCGUUUAGUUUACAGGAUGCUACCCACCUCCGCCGAAGACCAUUUCUGCACAAUUCUGCCAUAUGUCUUAUAAUGUUUAUGUUAUUAAUACUUACCAAGCGCUUUGGAAGCAUAAAAUGUGGCCUUUUUACCGCUAUGGCAUUUAUCGCCUUUACUACUCAUCAUUUACGCGAUGCAACAAGGCGAGGGAUUUGGAUAAAGUCACCGUUUCAGGACAGCAGCAGUCCAGCGCUUCCUUACGUAGUGUAUCUUGUACUUGUGAAUAUCAUUCCGCAUGUGAUCAAUCAUCUAUUGCAAACUACGGUCAGCAGUAGCAGCAGUGUGCCAAAGAUGAGACUAGUCGAGCUUGUAUAAACUAGAGGCAAAUAAGAGAAAUAUGAUA